AUGGAUUACGAGAUUGUGGCUAAUUUAAGAACUCAAAAGAGACUCGCCGCAAGUGUCGUUGGUGUUGGUAAGAGAAAGAUUUGGCUCGAUCCUAAUGAGACCACUGAAAUCUCCAACGCUAACUCUCGUGCUGCUAUUCGUAAAUUGUACAAGAACGGUACUAUUGUUAAGAAGCCAAACACUGUCCACUCCCGUUCCAGAGCUAGAGCUUUGAAAGAAUCCAAGGCUCAAGGUAGACACAUGGGUUACGGUAAGAGAAAGGGUACCAAGGAUGCUCGUAUGCCACAACAAGUUUUGUGGAUGAGAAGAUUGAGAGUGUUGAGAAAAUUGUUGGCCAAGUACAGAGAUGCUGGUAAGAUUGACAAGCACCUUUACCACAACUUGUACAAGGCUGCUAAGGGUAACACAUUCAAGCACAAGAGAUCAUUGGUUGAGCACAUCAUCACCGCUAAGGCUGAGGCAUUGCGUGAGAAGGCAUUGAAAGACGAGGCUGAAGCUAGAAGAGUCAGAAACAGAGCUGCUAGAGAAAGAAGACAACAAAGAAUUGCUGAAAAGAGAGAAGCUUUGUUUGCUGAAGAAGCUUAA